AUGGUCUCGUAUUUUGUGCCUAUAGGGUCAUCUCUUGCUUUGGGGGCUAUGAUUUGCUCUUUAUUUGUAGUCCGCUCUAUUGUGCAAGAUAUUGACAAUAUGAGAGACGAAAUUCUAUCUGGAGUGCAUGAAAUGAAGGCAAUGUCCGAUGACGCUUGGAAUCGUAUCCUCUUUCUGCAUACUAAAGGGGGGAAAGCUGAUGCACCGGAGUCAUUCAUCUCACUGUUUGCCCGACACAAAAGAUCUUAUGAAGGAUCCGUCUGUAAUUGUCUUGUGGAUUCGCAGGGAUGUCCUCCAGGUCCUCCGGGACCGCCUGGUAUUCCUGGAAAACGUGGAGAGCAGGGAGUUGCUGGGGAGCCUGGGAAGCCAGGCGCUACCGGUGUCUCUUUGAUAGUGACAUACACUAUUCCUGGAGGCUGUGUCAGAUGCCCAGAGGGACGUCCUGGACCCGAUGGACCAGAAGGUCCUCAAGGAGAGCCAGGAUACCCAGGUGCUAUGGGCAGAACGGGAGACCCCGGUGAGGAUGGAGCUCCUGGGCCGGAUGGACCUAUGGGAGAUCAAGGGAACAAGGGACUACCAGGCAUGGAAGGAGUACCCGGAAUAGCUGGUCACGAUGGUGUCAUCGGCUCUCCUGGUUUGGAAGGUGCGCAAGGGCCGCCUGGAUGGCCUGGACCUCCAGGAGAACCAGGCAAAAAUGGCGAUCCUGGACAAGAUGGCGCGCCAGGACCAAUGGGACCACCUGGUCCUCCUGGUUUCCCAGGUAAAAAUGCAGACGAUGGAGCUCCUGGUGCACCAGGGAAGAAUGGAGCUCCCGGCGAAGAUGCUAAUUAUUGUCCUUGUCCUGCUCGCAGCGAAAAAAAGCACAAAUAG